UACCGGGCCGGCCGCUCGGAUCUACUGAGCAGAAGAAUCUACUCCUCGGUCCAGCAGUGUGUCUACAGUCUCUGGUCAUCCCCUGUACUGUGUCUGCAGUCUCUGGUCAUCCCCUGUACUGUCUGCAGUCCCUGGUCAUCUCCUGUACUGUGUCCGCAGUCUCUGGUCAUCUCCUGUACUGUGUCUGCAGUCUCUGGUCAUCUCCUGUACUGUGUCCGCAGUCUCUGGUCAUCUCCUGUACUGUGUCCGCAGUCUCUGGUCAUCUCCUGUACUGUGUCCGCAGUCUCUGGUCAUCUCCUGUACUGUCCGCAGUCUCUGGUCAUCUUCUGUACUAUGUCCACAGUCUCUGGUCAUCUCCUGUACUGUGUCCGCAGUCUCUGGUCAUCUCCUGUACUACGUCCGCAGUCUCUGGUCAUCUCCUGUACUAUAUCUGCAGUCUCUGGUCAUCUCCUGUACUGUGUCCGCAGUCUCUGGUCAUCUCCUGUACUGUGUCCGCAG